AUGGGGUGCUUUCAUAGUAAAAAAGAGAUUUCUGAUUUACAUCCAAAUGUUUUUCGUGUUAUAAAUAUUGAUGAGAAUAAAGUAGACCUUUGCUCAGGUAAAUUAGAGAUCACAGAGUCAGAUAUAAUACUAUACAGAGAGGGCAGAGACUCUACUGUGUGGCCUCUUCAUUCUUUACGAAGAUACGGAUUUGAAAGGGAUAUAUUCAGUUUUGAGUCAGGAAGGAGAUGUGAAACAGGAGAAGGAAUUUACGCGUUUAGGUGUCAGAGAGCAUCAUUUCUUUUUCAUACCUUACAGCAGCAAAUUCAAUUGAGAAAUGUCAUUCAUGAUUCCAUGUCAUACCCUGUAUCCAGGUUAACACCUUCGCCCCAAGGAAGACAAACAUUGCAAGCUUCAGUAGUACAUCGUUCCUCGAUCGACAAUGGUCAAAUAGACGGUUCAGCGCCAACACAUAAUAAUAACCUAUCUGAUAUUGCUUCUCACACAUCAGUAACAAGAACUGCUAACCAGUCACCAAGAUCACCAUCUAGUGCCGAUAUUUUGGAGGUGAUGCCAUUAAAUCCACGCCCACAAGCUCUUAACAACCAUGUUACUAAUGUUUAUCAAGUACGUGAUUUUAAAAGAGAACAUAAUAAUAAUCAAGAAGCCACUUUAGAUAGUCGACAUUUGUAUAGUAAUGAUUUUAGCAGAGAUUUGGCACUUCUUAGAAAUGAUUUACGCCAAGAAAUGGUUUUAAACACACAAAAAGACGAUGAAGAUAAAAAAUUAUUUUUGGCAAAUAAAUACAAGACCAUUUCUAAAAAAUAUGUGAAUAGUGCUUUAUCACCGACUAUAAGUAAUAGUAGUGACCAUUAUGCUCAGUUAACUGUUGAUCAACAAGAAGCAGCUAGACUGUAUGUAAAUAUUGCACCAAAUGAUACAAAUCUGGCAGAAAAUGAAAAAACUGAAAUUGUUCCCACCACACCACUCACCCCAAAACAAGUAGAAUAUUGUAAUUUGACUAUUGGCAACAAAUCAGAAAUUAACAGUUAUGCAAACUUAUUGUUGGGCGAUAUGGUGGACAGUGCUAAAACGUGUAGUGCAGAACAAUCACAAAAGUUUUCGGAAUCUGAUACUUAUACAUCAAUGUCACCAGUUGAAGAAUUGGAAGUGAACUAUGCUGUGCUCGAUAUAGACUCUAACAAGGAAUGUACGAAAACUGCAAGAGAUUUAGCAUCCCCUGAGAGCCAGUCAUACACAAGUUCAAAAAAUGAAAGCACUGCUUCAUAUACAUCACAAAAUCGUGGGCGCCUGGUUUCUCAAAAUAGUUUGGAACAGACGCCUGCAACUUGCCCGUCAUCAGCAGCAGCUCCUUCCAGUGUUGGUUACACAACAAUAGACUUCGACAAAACUGUUGCAUUAACUUCUGUUGCUGCAGGAGAUGUUAGCAUUGAUGGCACAAGAAAAACUCGGCACAAUUCAUGUAGUCUUAUAUGUGGAAGUCCAGGUAGUACUGAUAAAAGCGGUAAAUAA